UUAUACUCAUAGAGAUACUUUGCGAUACAGAGAGACUCAUAGAGAUACUUAGAGGCUGAAAACUGGGCUGGGUUUCUACCAAUUCUCACCCAGCCGGCUCAACGAAACUCAACAAACUAACGCGCAAGUGUUUAGUCUUCUGCUAAAGGUUGCUUAGAUAGUGGGGUAGGGUGUAAAGGUGGGAGUGGAGGUGUUUUGGUCGCAUAAAUCCGCCGCCUCAAAGGACUUUGACUCCCCAGAGCAGAGUUCUGCAUUCAGCCGCGAGCCUCGGGGCAGGGAUCGUCGCCUGAGCGACUGCGCGUAGCGAGCAGGCGAGGGACUCAGCCCACCUGUCCCACCUCGUUAGGAUUUGCGGGAGCAGAGGGACAGCAGAGCGGAUCGGCUCCACUUAGCAUGGCAGCGGCGGCAGCAGCAGGUGGCCGGGACCGGGGCCUGGAGGAGGAACUGACUUGCUCCAUUUGCCUGCAACUCUACGUCGACCCCGUGCUGCUGGGCUGCCCACACACCUUCUGCAGAGAGUGCAUCGUGAGCGCGUGGCGCGACGGUGCCUGUGCCUGCCCCGAGUGCCGCAGGGUCUUGCCCUUUGGCUCCAAGGAGGAGAUGCGGCUGCAGCUCGUGAAAAACUUCAAGCUGGCCAGCAUCGUGGACAGGUUCUCAAGUCUCAGCCCGGAGGGGGAACGGCCGCGGAAGGAGCUCAACCCGAGCUUGGCACUAGCGAGGCCCCCGAAUCUGGACCUCUGUGCUCAGCAUGGCAAGGCACUUGUCAUGUUCUGCCAGGAGCAUGGGGCGUCUGUGUGCGCCGACUGUGUCACGAGCGGUGCACACCGGGGCCACAAGCUCACGUCAACAGAGGAGGCUGAUCGGCAGGCAAAGGAAUCCCUUUCGUGUUCACUCGAAAAACUUAUGACACAUAAUGGGAAAGUUUCAGCAAGAUUGAAUAUACUGAAGAACACGGAAGCCAAUGUAGAGGGAACGUCAGCAGCUUUUGACAAAUCCAUAGACGACGCUUUUAACGCUGCAAUCAAGUCCCUCGAGGAAGAAAGGGCCACGCUCAAGCAGUUGGCACAUGCAGAACAGAGUCAACUAUUGGGCCUAAUCCGUGCCCAGAUGGCGCCCCGAGAGAUGAUGGUCGCUGAGAUGGUGGUUGUCACCAAAGAGGUGCAGGCGGCUUUGCAGGAAACGAAUCACGUGCGGGCUAUCCAGGUGAGCGGUGAGUUGGAGAGAAGGAUAACGGCCGCGAUGAUGAAGAACCCACCAAAUGACAACAUCGUGACUAGAGACCUCUUUUCGUCCUUGCGUGGCCUGCUGGAGAGUCUCUCCCCAAGAAUCUCCAAUUGGAAGACAGAAAACGCGAUGCUCAGAAAUUUCAGGAGCCCAACCCUUGAUGAAGAUUCACUCCACUACCAACUGGACGCAGACGACGGUGGCAAGGCCCUGAGCCUGUCUCGGCCCCUCAGGAGGCGGCGGGACGUGACGGAGGGCUGUGAGGCGUUCUCCUACUGGAGGCAGGCGCUGUGUGAGGAGGGCUACUUCUCUGGGUUACACUACUGGGAGGUGGACGUGAGCGAGUGCGACGGGUGGUGCGUGGGCAUCUGCUGCAGGUCGAUGGAGCGGAGGGGCAAAACCAGCGAUGCGGAGCUGGGCGGAAAUGCCGAGUCGUGGUGCAUCGAAUACAGAGACGAUGAUGAUGACGAGGACGAUGGCAACCUGAGUGCCUUUCAUGAUGCACUGCAAACCAACAUUGAAAUCAGCUGCGAUGGUGGCCGUAGCGGCUGCCACAUCGACAGGGUGGGCAUUCUACUGGACUGUGACAUGAACCGACUGUCAUUCUAUGAUGUUUCACAGGCACGGGUCCACUUGCACACCUACUGUUACGUACAGUUCGGUGCUCCACUCUUCCCUGCGUUCAAAGUGCUAGACGGCAGCAUCACAAUAGCCUCGUGUCCACGCUCCUGUGCCGGCCUCUGCUAGGCUUCUCAGGAGAGGUGACGUGGACCCAGCAUGAGAGCGCUGUGAGCCUUGCUGUGUAGGUUAAUCGUUCAGGCACUGUUGCUCCCCUGGUUGAUUACUGUCAUAGAUGUGCACUAUUAACUUCACCGUGGACAUAGAUUUAUAUAGACUCACAUAACUAUUAUUAUAUAGACUUACAUAACUAUUAUUGCCUCCGAAACGUCGUGAUCUUUAUUUUAUUUUAUUUUUAUUAAUUUUGAUGUUUUACCUACGUGACUUUACCGAAAAAACCUAAGAAUAUGAACCAUUGCAGUCACGAAAGCUUCAAAUCUAGAACUCACAUAACUAUCCACAGACUCAGUUAAACAUAAAUAGACUCAAAUAUCGACCUAUCGACACCCACAGAUUCACAUAGAUACCCAUAGACUCGCAUAUAUACUCAUAGACUUGUAUACGUACCAACAGAUUCACGUACAAAUAUACAGACUAAUAUAGAUAACCAGAGAUUUACAUACACCCAUAUACUCACAUAGAUACCCACAGAGUCACAUAUAAAUUAAUAGACUCAAAUAUAGACCCAUAUGCUCACAUAAAUAACCACAGAUUCAUGUAGAAAUCAAUAGACUCACAUAGAUACCGAUAUAUUCAUAUAGAUACCCAUAGACUCGCAUAUAUACCCAUAUACUCACAUAGAAAACAAUAGACUCAAAUAUAAACUCAUGGCGUCAUACAGAGCCUCAUAUCUACGUGGGAAGUUGUGCUCAUAUGGUUGGAAUCUCGGUUCCCAGGCACAAUUAUAUUAUGUGUGUUUGUGGACCUAAUGGAAUGUUUGGUUGUGGAGGAGAGGCUCCCUCUCCUCUGUCAUGAAAUGGACCAGUACUGCCUGGACCUCUGAAAUACAGGGUCUGGCUUCAAGCAUCAUGAGGGGUGGAUAGUUCUCCACUCGGGGUAGGAAACUGCCAAACAACAGGGAGUGCCACUUCUUUUGAACAAAAUAAUGAAGGGGGUGUGGGAGCAUCGCGGUGGUGUCUAAGAAGCUGUAAGUUACAGGCUACAGUGGACUCACCUCCCCAUCAACUAGAGGUGAGCAAUGGGAAUGGUUGCUUACGCUCCCACCAAAGAUGAGCAUCAGUAGAGAGAUGCAGACAAAGCCGAUGAGUCAGAUGCCUUGUUUAACCUCCUGUCCAAGGUGCUAGCUAAAGUGCCCCCUCAGGAUAGAGUCUUCCUGUUGGGUGACUUUAAUGCCUGAGUGGGUCAUGAUUGGAGUGAUCGGAAGGCAUAGGCCAGAUCAGCUCAAUAUUAACACGAAGAGGCUGCUAGACAUCUGCGCAGCCGAUGGGCUUGUAAUUACCAACACCCUGUUCUGGAAUCGGCGCAUCUACAUAACAUAAUGGAUGCACGCCGAGUCUAAGCAAGAACAUCUGCUGGACUAUAUAGGGCCUACCGUGGAGCUGAUCUGCCCACUGACCAUCGGUUUGUAAUUUGUAGGAUGUGCCUGCCAUUCUUCUACUCCGGUGGUGGAACCCAUUCACACACACAGUGGCCUGGUAUCAGCUAGGUGAAGAUAGUUGCAAGCAGCAAUUUCAACAUCGCUUGCAGCUGGGGUUGACAGCAUCCCCCAUCCUGAUGCGGAGGGGAAAUGGGUGAGGUUCAUGACUGUGGCUCAUGCAGCUGCAAUGGCUGCAUUGAGUAUGUAGUCAACACCUCCCCAGAGACCCCAGCUGAAGAAGGAGGUGUUCCAGCUGGUUGAGAGAAAACGAUAGGCUGACUCCCGUCGUCUACAACAUCCAAUAUCAGAGAAUGAGGAGGCUUACCGCAGCCUUAGCUCGGAGAUUCGAAGAGCCAUGCAGUGCUAUAAGGAUGAGUGGUGGCUGCGGUAUGCUGACAGGAUGGAAUAUGCCUCAGUCCGAAUCACGAAUAACUAAAUCCAUCAUUAAAGUAAUUUGCAGCACCUCACCUAUUACUAUCCUUAAGGGAAAGAACGGCGAUCCAAUCUCCGACCCCUUUGAACAGGUAUGUAGGUUUGGAGAGCAUUUCUGUGUGGUCUUGGGGGAGAGUAAUUUCCUCAGCCCAGACAACAUCAUGGGACAAGGUGGGGAUGAACCUGACAGGGCUGCGGUGCCUAAAAUAUUGGCCGAAGUAUCCACCCCUUCUGAGUGGUUAGCUGAAGUGUCAGCUGUGGUGGAAGUACGAGGAGUGAUCAAAAGCGCCGGGCAGAUACGAUCUCCCAAGUGAAAUGCUGGGGGAGGAUGGCAUCUGUGUGCAAACUACCCUACAUGACAUCAUCACAAAUGUCUGGACCACAGGAAGGGUUCCGCAGGAUUGGAAGGAUGCUAUAGUUGCCCCCCUCUGGCAAAAAUUAGUAUUCAACAUUGCCUUCCCAGGCACGCUGAGGAGAUGCUUGCAGAGCCCCAAUGGGGUUUCAGGAAAGGGCUGUCCUGCACAGAUGCCAUAUGUUCUGUCUGUCUGCUACAGCAGAGGUGUAGGGAAUUCCCACAAGACCUACAUCUCUGCUUUAUUGACCUGAUCAAGGCCUAUGACACCAUUAAGAGGCCUGGGCUCUGUGCUGUUCUUCGUGCUUUCGGAGUCCCUGACUCUCUGCUCAAUCAUUAAGAGCCUUCAUGAUGGUGGGCAGGCCCAGGUAAAGCUACAUGGCUGGGAGUCAGAGCUGUUCCCAGUACACCUUUGGGAUACGCGUCACGCACUGGAGUCGGUGUGUGCGCACGCGGCGGACAGUGAGAGCAAAUGAGGACACAGGGCGCUGUUUGGCUGGUCGUUGUUGUUUUCCAAAUUAAGGUUGCGUGAUGUCUACGGGUGGUAGCAGGUGGCAGGGGGUAAUUAAGGGUGCAGGGCGUUGACUGGACGAGAGGGGCUGUUGUCGGAGAUUGGCGCCGGUGUGUCUGGAAAAACAACGCCACGUGGCAGCGGUGGCUGGGGGCGAGUGGCGUCGCGGGGGACGGCCUCAUUAAUUAGGGGUUAAAAGGUUCGGGGAUAAAAUAAGGGGUUGUGGAGUGAGGCGAAAGUUCGUGCCUGGGAGGAGAGACAGAUGGAGAAACGGAGCAGCAGAGUGAGUAUAGCAUAGGGUAGCAGUGGAGAGAGUGAGUAUAGCAUAGGGUAGCAGUGGAGAGAGUGAGUAUAGCAUAGGGUAGCAGUGGAGAGAGUGAGUAUAGCAUAGGGUAGCAGCGGAGUAGCGUCGAGCAUCAGAGAGACGAUGGAGAGUAGGAAGUGGCUGGAGCGCGGAAGGAGAACAGGGUUAGUUACGACGUAGUGGGACGGCGGAGCUGAUAAAGAGCAGCCGAGCUGGAGAGAGAGAGCGGAGAGGAGAGUCGACGGAGGAGUAGAGGAGAGGGAGCGAGCGAGGCCAGUGGAGCGUGGCGCGCGAGUGGAGGAACAUUGAGCGGUGUUGACGAAGAGUUGUGGGUCGGUGUGAGUGGAGGAACAUUGAGCGGUAUUGACGGGAGAGAUGUGGAACUAUAUACGUGGAAUAAAGUAACGAGGAAAGACAAGAAGCUGUCGUGUCGGUUCGAGCACUACACAAACACAUUUUAAACACAUUCUUAAUGACAGCGCCUAGUUUUAUUUAAUCACCUACAUUAACAUAUUUUACGUAAUUUUCACAAUUGUUUAAAUGUUUUCAUAUUUCAUUUUUACAUUGAAUUUGUUUUUUAGAAGAAUAAAUCCAUCGCCAUCCCCGCCACCAUCACCACCAUCCCCGCCACCAUCAUCACAACCACCAUCCACAUCACCCCCAUCACCACCGCGAUCACCCAAGACCUCCGGCAUAACCAGGCGGGGCAGAUAACAUGUUUGUAUAUCGAGGUGUCUCUAUAAAGGCUACUGAAUGACUCUCCAUCGAAGUUCCGCAGAUUUCACUCUUUGUUGAAUGUUCCUAUUUCGUUAAAUUUAACCUCAAAACGCAACAACAAUAAAAAGACUUACCACUA